GGGAAAGGGUUCAUCUCUGAAUGCUGUUGGGACAUUACUCACCUUUACGGGCUCCGACAGCCAGCAUGGCUACUCUGGGUCCUCCGAUGACGUUUCCCUGCGGGGUUCCGUUCUAAUCCCUGCUGGAUGCCCGGGAUUCAACAAACACCUAUCCUGAGAAGAGACUCUUUGCCAGUGAUGGUCUGAGCGUGGUUUACUGGCCUGUGAUCCCUGCUGACUGGAACGUGUGGGGGGAUAGUGCUGUGGGCACCAUGAAGAAGAUGUUCUCUUGCUCCAGCAACCAAGUGGCGGUUGAGAGCUGGAACAAACAUGACCAGAAGCUGUUUGAUGCAGUUGAGAAAGGAGAUGUGGGGAGAGUUUCUGCUCUCGCUUCCAAGAAGACUGCAACCCCCACCAAGCUUAAUGCCUUGGGGCAAUCCGCGUUCCACUUGGCAGCGUCCAAGGGGCUCACAGAAUGCCUCACGAUCCUCCUGACUCAUGGUGCAGAGGUUAAUAGCAAGAAUGAUGAUGGCAGUACGGCUUUACAUCUGGCUACCAUCGCUUGCCAGCCUCAGUGUGUGAAAGUUCUUCUGCAGCACGGAGCCAAUGAAGACUGUGUAGAUGGAGAGAAUCGUACGCCACUGCACUGGGCAGCCUUCUCAGGAUGUGCAUCUAGUGUGCUGCUGUUGUGCGAUCAAGAAGCCUUCCUAGAUGUCAUGGACAAUAACGGACAGACACCUUUGAUGGUUGCAGCUCAGGGGAACCAUGCUGCCAUCUGCUCCCAGUUGCUCCAGAGAGAGUCCAAAGUUGACCUCACUGACAAAGAUGGAAAAACUGCCCUCAUUCUUGCUUGUGAGAGGGGCAGCAUGGAAGCUGCUGAGCUACUUCUGCAGAACGGGGCCAAUGUAGGGCUGGUGGACAAGACAGGCCACAAUGCCCUCCACUAUGCCACAAAGUCCAAAAACCGUCCCCUGAAGCGUCUGCUUCGGAGUGCCCUAAAGAAGUCGAAGAAAAGAGAAAGUGGGUUGGACUGCUGGUCAGAGACCGGUUCCCAGGUUCUAACCGAGAGUGGCAAAGACACCGAUGUAAGCAGCCUGGCCCUCCAGAGUGAGAGAGGAGAGGACAGCGAUGAGGAAGAUGAGGAAGAGAACGCGGAGCUGAGAGAAUGGAGGAGUCGCUAUAGAGAGGAGAAGAUGAGGGUCAUCCAGUUGGAGCUGCAGUUGGCCCAGAAGACAAAAGAGUGUGUCACCUUCUCAGAAGGAUGUAAAUCGAUAAAGGAAAGGGUAUGGGAUCAGGUGCAAGAGAUUAACCAGCUCCUUCCUGAGGGGAAAAACAACACCCGGGAUUGGGAGGAGUUGAGCAAGAGGUACAGCUGUGACCUUUCAGAGGAAGACUAUUACCUUAAACUUUUGGCUGAACAAGUACAAGAACUCAAGAGGAGGAAGGUGGAACAUGAAGAGCAGGAGAAACAGCACGUGGAAACCCAGACAGCUGAACUGGAAAAAGAGGAGCUGAAGUCUGUGAUGGCCCAAGAGAAGAGAAUACGAUGGCCUGGUGAAGAGGAGGAGGAAGAGAAGAAAAAGCAGCAGAAGGAACUGAGGUCCCUCCAGGCGGAAGUGUCUGUGGCCCUUGAGGAGAAAGCAAGCGCCGUACAGAGGGUGCAAGAAAUGGAAGGCCACAUGGAGAACAUGAGGGCGGUGAUCAAUGUCUACGAAGCCAAAAAGAAGUCACAGGGUGGGAUGCUGAAGGCUCUGGAGGCCCGUGUGGCAGAACUGGAUAGCGAAAACCAGCAGCUGCGUAGUUUGCUGGCGAUGAAUCUGGGGGAGGCUGAGAAAGCAGGGAAACAGGAGACAGGAUUCCCCAGGGAUAAAGUAUCCCAAUUUUUCACUGAGAUGGAGGAGGAAUACUCCAGAGUGCAGAAGGAAAACUCCAUAGUCAUGUCUGAGAACGAGGCCCUGAAAAAGGAAGCUGAUGAGGCCAUCAGAAUCAAUCUCCAGUUCCAGGCAGUGCCAUCAGCAACGGUCAGGAGGAGUGUGACGGUCUGGAAGAAGGUAGUUAUGGGCCUAGAGAAUGCCCUAGCCAAGCUGCAUCAAGUCAACUCCCGCCUUCUGGAGAAAGUCAGGCCUCUUCGGGAAGCCAUUGUGGCCUCUCAGUCAGGAGUCAUGGUAAACGGCACAGGGCAUCAAGAAAAAGAGCCAGGAAAGGUCGAGACGGAAAAGAACCAGCUGCAUGAGGAAACUCCCGGACAGGUCAAACUCAGGGUAAAACCUGACAGGGGGGACAACAAGGCCCGCUCAAGUCGGAGGAGUUCUGACCUGGAGAAAGAAGUGUGGGAUCUCAAACAGAACAAUGGCGACCUUGUGAAGGAGCUGGCUCACCUAAGCAGGGAGAGGGAGAAGCUGCAGGAGGAGCUUCAUGGAUUAUUCCAUCCCAAAGAGGAACCUCCUCAGAAAGAGGCCAUGGGGAGCUUGGUGGUGGAAGAGCUGAGGCGGACCAUUGACUCCUUGAACCAACAGCUCUUAGCUGAGAAAGAAGAAUCAAAGAGGCUGCAGAUGAAACUGGAGGCCCAGAGGAAGGAGAUGGUGGUUGUGAGGGACAGCUUCAUGAAACAGGUGACCAAAGAGGGGAGCAACGUUGGAAAUGAAAACCUUGGCAAUAACAUCUUGAGGGAGUUACACUGGAAGCUUGACAAUGUGGUGAAGAAGCAGAACGAAGCCUUACAGCUGGUAUCCGAGAUGGAAGAGGAGAACCACGUCCUUGGGGCUGACCGUACACAUUUUGCAGAACAUAACGGCUUGAACCCCUUCGCAGCAGAGGAAAAGGCUUGGCGAGAGAUGUAUGCCGAGGCCUCAGAUGCCAUUGCUGAUAACUGGAAAGUCAGACAGCGAAUGAAUGAGCUGGAGAAAGGCCUGCAGGGGCUGAAAGAGCUAUAUGAGGCAGCCCAGGCCUCUCUGCUUGGGAGAGGCGAAGAGGGGGCCACAAUGAAGCAGCUGAUUGACCAACUCACCAUCAAGAUGGCCGAGCUGCGCCACGAGGAGGAAGAGGCCCUCCGGAAGCACGAGAAGGUCCGUGGCAUGCUGUCCCUUAGGGCACAAGCCUUGGGAGAGCAGCUGUCUGCCCUUCAGGAGAAGUAUGAGAAAGUGAGUGGAGAAUCCACCCACCACAAGGAAGCAUUAAACUCUGAGCGCCAGAGGAACAAGGAGCUGCUAGCUGAGUCAGCAGAGCAUGAAGAGGAGGUGGAUGAACUGAGAGGGAAGUCACAGCGGUUGGAGAUUUCGGUGGACAAGUUGAACAGGAAGGUGGAGGAGCUGACCAAGACCUGUCAGGACAGAGAAGGAAGGGUCAAGAAGCUGCUAAAAGAAACAGAGAAACUUUCAAGUGAAGUCCUCAACUUGCGCAGCGAACGUGCCCGUCUCCACCUGCAAAUUGAGGUCAUCCAGAAGAACCAUCAAGAGAUUGUGUCCAUUUACAGAACCCACCUGCUCAAUGCAGCCCAGGAUUUAAUUCCACUGUGGACGAUAAUAAGAGAAGAAGAACACUGGUCAGUCACUUCUACAGCCAGAAACUGGUACACUCCUUCGCUGCCAGGGCACAAGAGCCAUCUUUGACUUCUGGAACACCAAAAACGCAACAUAAAUCCUGAGUAUUGCCAUAAGUAUUCUCUUGAGGCCUGAUGAGGGUAGAGAGCCAGUCUCUUUUUUUAAAAAAAACCUUUACAUUCUAGCUAUGUCCCAAUGUUAUGAAACCAAAGCAGUGGGGUGUGUGUCUGAAAUCUGCAUUCUGAUGCUUCCAAUUCUGCGAUGCAAUUCUGCAGUUGGAAUUACUCAUGGAAAUUAAACAACACAUACUCUAGCUUACCAUUUUAUUCCUUUUAUCUUCCUCUCUCUCUCUUUUAAACAGAAUUGGGAAUUAGGAUGGGGUGGGAUACUGGAGUGAUAAAGAAACAAUAGGAAUGUGGGAAGCAAGCAGUGGUGGGAUUCAGUAGGUUCGCACCACUUCGGCAGAACCGGUUGUUAAAAUGGUGCUUGUAAACAACCAGUUAAAUUAUUUUAAUCCCACCACCGAAACCAGUUGUUAAAUGAUUUUAAUCCCACCACUGGAAGCAAGUAGUAUUUAAGGGAGAAAAGGAAAUACCUACUCUUAAUCAUCAGUGCCAUUGUGACUGGUCUUGUUAUGGCUGAGCUAGUUCCAUUUCGGUAUUUUACUUUCAAAUACCUCUCCUGCAUUAAUUGAUGUGUGUGCUAUAAACCACUGGGAAAUUUCCCCAUACAUGCCCCACUGAAAUGAAUGGGAACUGAGAUAGGGUCCGGCCAUUUUUCUCAGUGGGGCUUGUACAGGAAAAACUUCCCAGUGGAUUGGACCAAAAAAGGUCUCUCACCUCCAUUCUCUAAGCAUUAUUUGUUAAAUCUUCAAUUAAAGGGGUUUUAACACUUUCAAAGGAUUUGUGUUGCUGCUGUUUGUCUGCUGUUUUCAGUUUUUAAAAUGCCACCUUCCUUUGGUCCCCUGAAAAGUCAAAUAAAGGAUGAAUGCUUGGUCAAAA